UUUUUGGCACCGACACGUUAUACAGCGUUGUACGCGUCCUUCGGCAGACGACGCGCUCUACUGAACCUCCAUCUGAGAGGGUUUUGACUGUUGCACCAUGGACCUCUCGAGCCUGAACAUAGGCAACUAUGCUGUCUCGACGAAACACGUCGUCCUCUCGGAAAUUCUCGCCGUGACAUCGGUCAUGCGAAAGAACUCGCGAUGGGCACUGUCUACACGCUCGCUCAGCACCCGCGAAUCAGCACUUGCAAGCAGCCUCGGACUCAGGCGCGUCAGACAAGAAUCAGCAAACCAGUCGACGAAACGCGGAAGCACCGAACAGGAGCUCAUGGCCGGCUUCCAGGAUCUCAAACGGUUACUGAAGGACGUCGAAAAUGUUGCGGGCCUACCUCUUCCAACCAUUCUCUCACCCUUCUGUGCUAUCAUCCGCUCGCCAUUGUCGACAGGCCCCAUUACGUCCACGGCGCUCACAUCCUUGCACAAUCUCUUCGUUUGUGGUCUCAUUCACCCAAACGCCCUAUCCCUAUCUGCCGCGUUGUCCGAACUCAGCAAUGCCAUCUCGCGCUGUAAGUUCGAGACCAGCGACUCAUCCGGGGAUGAAGUCGUGCUACUCAAGAUCAUGACUACCAUUCAUGACACGCUCUGCGGGCCGGUCGGAGACCUACUGGGAGACGUGGAGGUAUGCGAGAUGCUGGAGACAGUAUUGACAACGUGCUGUCAAGUGCGGUUGAGUGAGAUCCUGCGUCGGUCAGCCGAGGCGACGAUGCAUGCGCUUGUGCAGACCGUUUGCUCAAAGUUGCACAUCUUGGAUCCGGCCGUUGAGGAAGCGAAGCUCGCGGAUAUUGGCUACGACGCAGACGAGCAAGAGGGCAAGAUGAGCAUGAAGGCAUCCACUGAAGAUAUACCGCCGAGUGUGGAAACCGGUGGAGACUCGGAGACCCUACGGACACCACAUCCUGCAGAUGGUCGACCAAGAUACGGAUUGGCCUCCAUUGUGGAACUCCUCCGAGUAGUCAUCAACGUCCUUGACCCCAACGAUCCCCUGCACACAGACUCUAUCCGCCUAACUGCCCUCCGUAUCCUCAACGUUGCCUUCGAGGCCUCUGGCACACAUCUUUGCGCGUUCCCUUCGCUGUCAGCGCUCAUUGUCGACCAAGGAUGCAAAUUCCUCUUUCAGCUCGCGCGUUCGGACAACUUCGGCGUCUUGCAGGUCGCUUUGCGGUCGAUUGCGACUAUGUUCGAGAUCACGCGUCCAAAGCUGAAGUUGCAGCAAGAGUUGUUUUUGGCAUUCUCGAUAGACAGACUAGCACCCCCACCACCGGCUAAGGGCCCGUCAACGUUUGGGAAGCCCUCCCCUAGGCCAGCGACGCCUAUCCCGUCAAAUCUAGAAGCCGAUACGGAGAAGCCCCCGCAAACUCCUAGAUUACUCGUCGCACCAGCCAAGGGCGACACUCGCGAGCUUCUCCUGGAAACAGUAUGCUUGAUAUCGCGGCAUCCGAGUUUCAUGGUCGACCUGUACGUGAACUACGACUGCGACAUGAACUGUGAGAAUAUGUUUGAGCGUAUCAUCGAGUUCGCGACGAAGGGCAUCUACCCCGUAGAGGCACUGGGUGGUCGUGAAGUCAACCAACAAAACGUGCAAGAUUUAUGCCUAGACAUUGUUCUGGGGUUCGUGAACCACAUGGCUUCUCGAGCUGAAGGUCAAAGCGAGCCGUGGCCGUCGCACUUCGUCUUGCCUGAAGAUCUCCAGCAUACCAAGUCGCGGAAAAAAUUGGUCCUCACAGGCACGGCACGCUUCAACACGAAGCCCAAGACAGGUAUAUCGUUCUUGGAAGAACACAAGCUGAUCUACACGGAUCCGAACGAGCCACGACCACUGAGCCUUGCCAAGUUCCUGAAGAACUCUGCGAGGAUGGACAAGCGGCUUCUGGGCGACUUCCUCAGCAGGCCAGAGAACAUUGACGUACUGAAAGCGUUCAUGGGCUUGUUUGAUUUCAAGGAUAAAUCUGUAGCUGAUGCCAUGCGUGAGCUGCUUGAGACGUUCCGAUUGCCGGGCGAGUCUCAGCAGAUCAAUCGAAUCACGGAGACCUUUGCAGAGGUGUACAUCGCUACUGAACCUGCGGAGGUGAAGUCCCAGGAUGCAGUAUACGUCCUUGCAUACUCGAUCAUUAUGUUGAACACGGAUCAACAUAGUCCUCAGAUCAGAAAAAGGAUGACGAUCGAUGAUUACAAGCGCAACCUGAAGGGCGUCAACGAUGGAUCAGAUUUCUCGGCAGAGUACUUGCAAAAUAUCUAUGAUUCCAUUCGUAAACGCGAGAUCAUCAUGCCCGAAGAGCAUACUGGUCAAGCAGGCUUCGAGUAUGCGUGGAAAGAGCUUUUGGCUCGUUCGCGGCAAACAGGCGAACUCAUGAUGUGCAAUGCCUCCACCUUCGACGUCGAUAUGUUCAAGACUGUUUGGAAGCCUGUCGUGUCGGCCAUCGCAUACGCGUUCAUCACGUUCGAUGACGACUACAUCAUCGAGCGUGCUAUCACCGGUUUCCGACAAUGUGCAACACUUGCUAGGCAUUUUGGCAUGGCAGACGUCUUCGACUAUGUCGUCGUGCAACUGUCUCAGGCGACAGGUCUCGUUGCAGAUUUGCCAUCGUCGCAGGUGCCGAAUUGGCCGGUGGUCGAGAUUGAUGGACAAAGCGUGACGGUGUCGUCGCUGUCGGUGAAAUUCGGAACGAACCUUAAAGGGCAGCUUGCUGCAGUCGUUCUGUUCAACAUCGUCAAUGGAAAUGGGAAUGCUCUGCGAGAAGGGUGGACACAGAUAUUUGAGAUGUUCCAGACACUCUUCAUUCAUUCCCUUCUGCCAACGCGUAUGCUGCAGAUGGAAGACUUCCUCGGAGGCGUGUCCAUCAUUCCCCUGCGUCGCUCACAGCCCGCACGCCAGCCCGCACGCUCUGACGGCCUGCUUUCUGCGUUGUCUUCAUACCUGAUGACACCUUACAGCUCGAGCGCGGAGGCCCUCGUCCCUGACGCGAAUGACGCCGAUGUGGAGAACACGUUGUCCACCAUUGACUGUAUCACGAGUUGCCGAGUGGAUGAACUUUACAGCCAGAUUCUGCAGCUGGACGUUGAUGCACUGAUCGCCGCGGUACGUGCCCUGGAAGCGCUCGCGCACGAACGUACUGUGGCUCGCUUGAAACAAGAAGCAGAUGAAGUACCAGCAGGCAGCACAUACCAGGAAGAUCCAUAUGCGCUUCCGUAUGAUCCUGCGUCUGUGUUCCUUUUGGAGACAAUGGUCAGCAUCGCAUGUCAAACCUCGCAACAUAUUGAGGAGUUGUGGCCGGUCAUAUUCGAGCACCUGUCUGCGUUGUUAUCCACACCGCUACAGUACAGCAUUUUGCUCAUCGAGCGCGCAGUAGUCGGACUACUCAGGCUUUGCUUCAUACUGGCCGCCAAGCCAUCCUUGCGUGACCAAGUCUUUGUGUCCUUUGAUCUCCUUGCCGGUCUACCUGCGCAUAUAUCGACUUCCGUCGCGGAACAAGUCAUUGUGGGUCUUAUCCGCAUUGCCCGCACGCACCAGGACAUGGUCCGAUCUUCGACGGAAUGGAACCUCGUCUUUGCACUUCUGCGCUCUACUUUGGGCAAUCACGAAGCUGCGCGGCAAGCCUUCGAGCUAAUCAGCGCACUCGCGGGUGAUGGACCAGAGCAGUACGUUACGAGUGACAACUUCCCAGGUCUGAUUGCGGUGCUCGAUGAGUUCAUGACGGCGGCGAGCAUGGCAGUUGAGGCACAACAGCAGGGCAGGCGCAAUCAAGCGCUCAAUGCAUCUAACUCACCGAUCGUCGAGCGAGGCCGAAAAGCCAUUGACAUAGUGGCUGAGAUGAAGAAGUUUUGGGCUCGUUUCGCGGAGACGGGCAUCCCACAGGACCAGAUUUGGAAUCAGCAUGCAAUGCCGUUGGUUGCAUGCCUGGGUCGGCACUCCAUCAAUGUGUCCCGCGAGAUCCGACAUGCAGCCUUGGUACACUUGCAACGUGUAGUCCUCGGACCAUUCCUUCCCUUGGACGCAUCAGACCACUCGCAGGUGGAAGAGCUCUUCCACCGGGUAGUUUUUCCGCUACUGGAAGAGCUACUCAAGCCUCAAGUGCUGAUGCGUGACCCUAUGAGCCUGCCUGAGACGCGGUUGAGGGCAAGUGCGCUGCUAUGUAAAGCGUUUAUGCAUCUCGAGGCAAGGGAGGGUCAGACGGCAGAUGUGAAGGCGUUGUGGAUGCAAGUUUUGGAUCUGCUUGAUCGACUGAUGCACACUGAUCGGAGAGACCAACUGUACGAAGCCAUCCCGGAGUCACUCAAGAACGUCGUUCUGGUGAUGAACGCUACAGGAUUAUUGGUCCAGCCUACGAUCCCAGACACGCGCGACGAGCGUCAGAGGCAACUGUGGGACGCUACCUUCGAGCGUAUCCAACGAUUCCUCCCAGGAUUUCUUGGGGAGGUCCUUCCCGAGCCCAUGCCAGCCCAUAUGGCACGGCCAAACCCCUCGAUACAGGCACUGUCUGUACCAUCGACACCGGUGCCGUCGUGAGCGCCAACUGACAUGCGGCGAGCGGACAUUUUUGCAUUGUUAUUGUAUUUAUCCAUUCGUGUUAUUUGGCUGCAACAGACCCACGGAC